AUGGGCUAUCAUCUCAUUACUGACGACCCUCCAACAAGGCUUAGACCAGUAAGACUGGCACAAAACUUCCUACAAUCCAAUGGCUACAAGCCUCAGCCUUUGGACACACAUGAAAUCAUAUUACCGGAAGAGUUAAAUCCUUUGAUUGAAGCUCUAGCCAGAAAUACUCAUAACGUCUGGGCCAGAGAGAAAAUCAAAAGAGGGUGGACUUUUGGUUUGAAUGAGUUUGUGGAUUCCACUCAAAAGCGCUCACCCCAUCUUGUUCCCUAUGAGGAAGUUGACAACAGGAUCAAAGAAGCGAAUAGGGAAUCAGCUGCGGAAAACCUACGAGCCCUACAGCUUUUCGGCAUCUUUAUUGAACCACCAGCUCAUGAACAUGAUGAAUAUGCUGAAAAAGAAAUGCGAGCCCGCAAAGAUUUGACAAGAACUUAUCGAGCCGAAGCUACAUAUGCCGUGACAACCGGAAAGUGGAUCUACUAUGAAUCUCUUGCCUUCAUUAAUAUUUGGGCCGCAAAUGGCAUCAAGGUGCUGAGAGCUAUGGGAAGGAGUGGAAGGUACUUUGAAUUUGAAAUUUUGACCGCUGGAUUCAUGAAAAUCGGCUGGAUGGAUGUCGGUGCCUCGCCAGAUAUCCAACUUGGCCUUGAUGACCGAGGAUAUGCAUUCGACGGGUACUUUGAGUUUGAAAUUUUGACUGCUGGAUUUAUGAAAAUCGGCUGGAUGGAUGUCGGUGCCUCGCCAGAUAUCCAACUCGGCCUUGAUGAUCGAGGAUAUGCAUUCGACGGAUAUCUGGGCCGCAAAUGGCAUCAAGGUGCUGAGAGCUAUGGGAAGGAGUGGAAGAUUGGAGAUGUUGUCGGCUGCUUCCUGGAUCUGAACGACCGGACCAUUAGUUUCUCUCUCAAUGGAGAACUACUGUUGGAUCCAUCCGGCUCCGAGAUGGCAUUCGACAACGUGAUGAGUGGAGAUGGUCUGGUACCAGCGAUGUCCUUGGGAAGUGGUCAGAGAGGUGAAGAAUUUGGCUAA